GGCCUCGCUCGCCCGGGAGGCUGCAGCCGGGGGACGGCGUGUGAGGCGGGGCCGAGCCCUGCGCGCCCAGCACUGACCUCGGAAUACACAGCUGCUUUGGGACACACCUCUAUUGGAUUUAAUACAUGCUCCGCUAGCAACAGCUUUCAGCUAUGGAAUCGACGGUUGAUGACGAGGCGAUGGCAGCAUAAAUGAAGAUCAAGUAAGGAAGGCAGAACGAUGCCCAAGGGUGGGUGUUCUAAAACACCACAGUCAGACGAUUUCUCUCUCAGCAACGACAUGGUGGAGAAACAAACGGGGAAAAAGGAUAAAGAUAAAGUUUCCCUAACCAAGACUCCAAAGUUGGACCGGAGUGAUGGCGGCAAAGAGGUGAAAGAGAGAGCUACGAAACGGAAGUUGCCUUUCACUGUUGGAACAAAUGGAGAUCAAAAAGACUCGGAUACAGAAAAGCAGGGUCCAGAACGGAAGAGGAUUAAAAAGGAGCCUGCCACUAGGAAACCUGGCUUGCUGUUUGGAAUGGGGCUGUCAGGAAUUAGGGCUGGUUACCCACUCUCUGAGCGCCAGCAAGUUGCCCUUCUUAUGCAGAUGACAGCAGAAGAAUCUGCAAAUAGCCCAGUAGAUACAACACCAAAGCAUCCUUCUCAGUCUACAGUGUGUCAGAAGGGAACUCCUAACUCUGCCUCCAAAACCAAAGAUAAAGUAAAUAAGAGAAAUGAGCGUGGAGAGACUCGACUGCAUAGAGCUGCCAUCCGAGGAGAUGCCCGGCGCAUCAAGGAACUCAUCAUUGAGGGCGCAGAUGUCAACGUUAAAGACUUCGCAGGCUGGACAGCAUUGCACGAGGCGUGUAACCGAGGAUACUAUGAUGUCGCAAAGCAGUUGCUUGCUGCCGGCGCAGAAGUCAACACAAAGGGGUUGGAUGACGACACCCCACUGCAUGAUGCAGCUAAUAAUGGGCAUUUCAAGGUGGUAAAAUUGUUGUUACAUUACGGAGGGAACCCUCAUCAAAGCAACAGGAAGGGAGAGACGCCUUUAAAAGUUGCUAAUUCCCCCACCAUGGUGAAUCUACUCCUGGGAAAGACCACCUAUCCCUCUAGUGAAGAGAGCUCAACAGAGAGCUCGGAGGAGGAGGACGCCCCUUCAUUUGCACCUUCCAGCUCCGUCGAUGGCAAUAACACAGACUCUGAGUUUGAAAAAGGCUUGAAACAUAAGACCAAGAGUCAAGAGCCCCCCAAAACAAUCACACCGGUAAAGGAUGAAUAUGAAUUUGAUGAGGACGAUGAGCAGGACAGAGUCCCGCCUGUCGAUGACAAGCAUUUGCUGAAGAAGGAUUACAGGAAGGAGACUAAAGCAAACAGUUUUAUUUCCAUACCCAAAAUGGAAGUAAAAACCUAUACUAAAAAUAACACACUGACACCAAAGAAAGCUGCCCAUCGCAUCCUGUCAGACACAUCGGACGAAGACGACACCGGUGUGGCUGUGGGGACUGGCGAGAAACUGAGACUCUCCACUCACUCGAUACUGCCCAGCAGUAAGACUCGAGAGCCCUCCAACACCAAGCAACAGAAGGAGAAGAAUAAAGUGAAAAAGAAGCGGAAAAAGGAGGCAAAGAGCAAAGAGGUUCGGUUUGGCAAAAAAAAUGACAAAUUUUGUUCCUCUGAAUCAGAGAGUGAAAAUUUGGAGAGUGAGGAGGAUGAUAGAGACUCUGUGCACAGCUCUAGCUGUGUAAAGGACUCUAGGCUAGUGUUGAAGGAAUCCUCCUUGUUCAACUCUCUGUCUGCCUCUUCCACCUCUUCUCAUGGGAGUUUAGCUUCACAGAAACAUAACCCUAAUCUUACAGAUCAGCACUCCAAGCACUGGAGGACAGACAAUUGGAAAACCAUAUCUUCUCCGGCAUGGUCAGAUGUCAGUUCCUUGUCAGACUCCACAAGGACGAGACUGACGAGUGAGUCCGACUAUACGUCGGAGGAUUCGAGCUUACAGUCAUUAAAGCCAGUGAGAAAGAAGCAGGAGCACAAAAAGAAAAAUAACUCUCACAAUACUGUCUCCGAGAAGAAGAAUUCAUUCCAUGCCAGUGUGGACGGAGCAAUUCCAAAGCUGGAUAAGGAGGGGAAGAUUGUUAAAAAGCAUAAAACGAAACACAAACACAAAAACAAAGAGAAGGGACAAUGCCCGGUCAGCCAAGACAUUAAAAUAAUCAAAACUUUUUCUUUUGAAUAUGAGGACUCUAAGCAAAAGCCUGACAAGGGUUUGAUAGAGACUGAAAGUCCAAGUGAAAAUAAAUUAAAAGUGUUAAAACAUGAGCGAGAACACUGUAAGAAGGAAGAAAAGCUACUGAAAAGUAAAUUGGAGGAGAAGGAGUGGUUGUUUAAAGAUGAGACUGGAAAAGCGUCCAAAGAAGAGAAAUCGUUAAAAAAACUCAAAGAGGGGAAUAAAGACAUCAGCAAAUUUUUCAGAGAGGAGAAGUCGAGUAAAGCCAUAAAGGAGAAGUCUCCCAAAGAGGAGAAACCUAGAAUACACAAGGAGGAGAGAAAGAAAAAAUCAAAGGACAAGCAGUCAAAAUCUGAAAAGAAGAAUGAUCUGAAGGAGGAGAAAAUUACUAAAUCGGAGAAAGAAAAAACCUUCAAAGAGGAGAAAGAAAAAUGUAAAAAAGAAAAAGUUUACAAAGAGGAGCCUGGAUUUGAUGAGUUUAGUAACAAAAGCCAAUUGCUGGAAAGUGAGGACACAAAAUUCAGUCUUUCGGAUGAUCAGCAAGAGAGAUGGUUUUCUGAUUUGUCAUUUGAUUCGUCCUUUGAUUUCAAAGGCGAGGAUAGCUGGGAUUCUCCAGUGACAGACUUCAGGGAGAUUAAAAAUGACGGCAUGGCAAAACUAAUCAUAGAAACAGUGAAGGAAGAAAUUAAAGACAAGAAAAAGGAGACUAAAACUAAGGAAAAGAGAGAAUGCAAUGAAAAACGCAAUGAAAAGGAAAUAUUCUUAAAAAAGAGAGAGCGCGAAAGCGUUGACAAAAACCCUGAGAAGAAAAAGGACCAAACUGAAAAGCAUAAAGUCACUCCUAGUUAUCUGCCUGAAAAGGACAAGAAAAGGAAAGAUUCUGCAGAAAGUGUUAAAGAGAGAAAGGAAAAAGAUCCAGGUGAAAUCAACAAAGAGAGAAAAGAUUCCUCUGAUAGCUGUAAAGACCGAAAGGACAUAAAAAUUAAACAAGAGGAGCCCUAUCGAGAUGAGUUUAAAGAAUAUGGUUGUGAAACAUUAUUCAAGGAGAAAUCUGACCCUGAAUUCAGUGGAAAAAAUAUGGAGUGUGGGGAAAGGCACCAUUCAGGGAAAGAUAAGGAGAAGAAAGAUGCUCCUGAUAAGGACAAGAAAGAGAAACUGAAACCAGAAAAAUAUAAGGAGAAAUCCAAAGAAGCAGAUAAAGAGAAAAAUGAAAAAGUUGUUGCUGAGAAAAACCAGAAAGACAAAGAACUGGAUAAAAGCUUUAAAGAAAAGAAAGAUACUAAGGAGAAAUACAAGGAUCUGCAUAACAAAGACAAAGAAAGGAAGACUUCUUUUGACUAUAUCAAAGAGAAAAAAGAGAAAAACUUCUCUGGAGAUAGAGAGGACUUCUCUGAGAAAAGAGAUGAGAAAAAAGGAAAAGAGAAGAGCUGGUACAGCAUCGCAGAUAUCUUCACAGAUGAAAGCGAAGAUGAGAAGGACGACUACAGCGGAUUCAAAAUUGGUGAGGCCGUUGGGAAUGAAUUGCAUCGAAUGGACAGUCUACAAGAAAAAGAUGAUAGCAUGGCUGCUGAAAAGGAACUUUAUCUUGCUGACAAGCACAGAAAGUACUCUUCCGACAGGCAACAUUCAGGAGAGAAACAGAAAGAUAAAGACUCCAAAGAGAAGAAAAAGGAUAAAGGAUUAGCAGAAAGUGGGAAGGAGAAAAAAGAGAAGAGUUUCUUCGAAAAACACAAAGAGAAGAAGGAUAAAGAUGCUGUCGAGAAGUAUAAAGACAGGAAAGACAGAACCUCAGUAGACUCCACCCAAGAAAAGAAAAACAAGCAAAAGCUCCCUGAAAAGGCCGAAAAGAAGCAUGCUGCAGAGGAGAAGGUAAAAAACAAGCAUAAGGAAAAGAUGGAUAAAGACCAUUCCAAAGAGAAGAAGUCUUCAAAAGGAGGCGAGAUGGAGAAGAGCCUGUUGGAAAAAUUGGAGGAGGAGGCCCUCAAUGAAUACAGAGAUGACUCCAAUGAUAAAAUAAGUGAGAUUUCUUCUGAUAGCUUCACAGACCGAGGACAAGAUCCAGGACUAACCAACCUCUUUGAGUCUUCUAACCUUUCUCUUAUGGAUGCCUCUGAGGAAAAGUAUAAAGAUUCUCUUCCUUUGCCCUGCUUGCAAGACAAACUCAAGGAGAAGGAGAGGCACAGGCAUUCCUCAUCUUCAUCAAAGAAAAGUCAUGAGAAAGAGAAAGCAAAGAAGGAAAAAACAGAGAAAAAAGAGAAAAUGGAUGAAUUUAAAGACUCCAGCAACAGAAAAGAUUCUAAUCAGUAUGAAAAAGAAUUCUCCGUGGAUGGGGAGACUUUUGGCAUUUCCUACAGCAUGAAAGCUGAAGUUGAGGAAGAACUGGACAAAAACAUUGACUAUUUGUUUUCUGAAAAGAAAGAUAAAAAUGAUCCUGAGAGAGAGCUCUCAAAGAAGGCUGAAAAGGAGAAGACUUAUGGUUCCAGUACCAUCAGCACAGUCAAAGAGAAGAGGAGGAGAGAAAAACACAAGGAAAAAUGGAAGGAUGAAAAGGAAAAGCAUAGAGACAAACAUGCAGAUGGUUUCUUUAAACAUCACAAAGAUGAGACGAAGUCUGUGCUGAAAGACAAGGACAGCCCUCAAGUUAUCACAUUCAAAGAUAAAUCAAAGGAGGAGAACCUCAAAUUUAGUGAAACCAAACUUAAGGAGAAACUCAAGGAAAACCAAGAGAGAGACAAAACAGAGUCUCUAAAGAUCAGUAAUGGAAAUGAUAAAAUAACAUUGUCCAAAGAUGGUGGUAAGAAAGAUAACAGGCCUAGAGAGAAGCUUCUGGGUGAUGGUGAUCUAAUGAUGACCAGCUUUGAGAGGAUGCUGAGCCAAAAAGACCUGGAAAUUGAGGAGCGCCACAAAAGACACAAAGAGAGAAUGAAGCAAAUGGAGAAGAUGAGGCACAGAUCUGGAGAUCCCAAAUUAAAAGAUAAAAUUAAAACCUCUGAAGAGAUGCGUAAGAGGAGUUUGGAUUUGACCACAAAGAAACCACUAGCACUAGAUACUCAGCUAAAGGACAAAAAGCUCAAAGAACUAGGUCCAUUGACUCCCAUAUUGUCACCAGAUAAUAAGCCACAGCCUGCUGUGGGGACAGAUUCAAAAGACUGGGUAACUGGCCCUCAGCUGAAAGAAAUUUUACCUGCUUCUCCCAGGCCAGAUCAGAACAGGCCAACAGGUGUUCCAGCUCCAGCUUCGGUAGUUUCUUGUCCAAGCUAUGAGGAAGUGAUACAGACACCAAGAACUCCUUCAUGCAGCAAUGAAGAUUACACAGAUUUGAUGUUUGAUUGUGCUGACUCUCAGCACUCUCUGCCCAUAUCCACAAUGUCCAUGAAUGCAUGUUCUCCAUCCUUUUUUGACAGAUAUUCAAAUGCUUCAAGUGGACUCCCCGACAAUCCAAGUCAGACUCCAACAAGGACGAUACCCUCCACAAACCUUUAUCGUUCAAUCUCGGUGGAUAUAAGAAGGGUCCCUGAAGAUGAGUUCAGUGCUGGAGACAAGUUUUUCAGGCAGCAAAGUGUCCCAGCAACAUCAAAUUAUGAUUCUCCAGUGCAGCAUUUGAUGGAGGAAAAUGUCCCUCUUCCUUCUGUUCCUCCAGAAAAGUUUCAGUGUAUGUCUCCAGGGUAUUAUUCACCUGACUAUGGAAUUCCAUCACCUAAAGUAGAAACUUUGCAUUGUGCGCCUGUUGGCAAUGUUGUCCAAUCACCUGAAAGCAUAUUUUCUGGUUUACAAGCAAAAUCCUCCCCCUCUCAUAGAGAUGAGCUGCUUGCACCUUCUGUAGAAAGUGCUCUUCCCCCUGAUCUUGGCAUGCCUUUGGAUGCCACAGAAGAGCAGCAAGCUACUGCUUCUAUUUUGCCACCAGAGUCUACCUUUUUACCACCUCUUGAAGAAAACCAUUUUAGUUCAGCUAUUUCAGAGCAGAAUCAUAUGGACUGGGAUAACCCUCCUUCCAGAAACCCUGAUCCUCCCAUGCCUCCUAGCUUAAUUGGUAAUCCAUCUGACCACCCUGUCAGUUGGUCAGUGGGAUCGGAACUUCUAAUGAAAUCUCCCCAGAGGUUCCCUGAAUCCCCUAAGCCAUUCUGUUCACUGGACCCAAUACAUCCUGCACCCGUGCCCUUUAUUUCUACAGAUUCUCCAUACCCAGUUUCUCCUAUUUCAUAUCCAUUGUCAGUAUCUGAACCAGGGCUUGAUGAAGUAAAGGAAGAUGCUGAAGAAGCAGUUCCAGGAGAAAUGGCAACUGCAGAAGAGCAAGCUCCUUACAUGUCCCCUACUAGACUAGACACUUUCUUCAAUAACUGCAAGCCUCUUCCAGAAGAAGCACCUGAGAUGCCUUCAGAACCCCCUUGCAUGCCGACAGAAACUCAGGCAGAGGCUGUGAACACUUUGGAAAACAGUAGCGUAGUACCUGUAAACCCGGAAGAGCCAGUAACUUGGCCUGAUCCAUUCACAAACUCAGAAGAUGAUUUAGACCUUGGUCCCUUCUCAUUGCCGGAAUUGCCGCUCCAAGCUAAAGAUGUUCCAGAUGCUGAAAUGACUGAAGUGGCACCGAUUGAAGAAAGCUCAGUAGCUGUCCCGGAAGUCAUAAAUACUGGGGUCCUAAAUGUGAGUGUGUCUGUCGCAGCUUCCAGUGAGCAGGAGGAGCUGCUGCCUAAUCAGCCAAGUAACUUACUGGCUGUGGAACCAGAGCCACAGCCUGAGGAACAAAAAUUGGAAGUGACUGUACCAGAAGCUACCUCGGAAGCAUUGAAUGUACCAGAAGAGAGAAAAUUAGAUGAGUCCGAGGCACAGAGUUUGCAACAGACUGCAUCAAUAGAGCUUGCUCAGCCAGAGAAACAAGAGGCAGAAACAAACCAUGAAGAACUGCCCUCAUCAAACUGUGCAGCGGAGAGUGGAUCUCAAAGCAGCUUGGCACAAGCAAACACUGCUGAGAGUGGGGUCAUGCAAGACAGUGCUGCAGUACGAAGUGGGAGCCAAGUCUCUUCCACCCAGACAGACACACCCCAAGGGACUACUCCAGUAGAAACCAUAGAGCCAGUACAAAAACCAGUAGCAGAAGUUUCCAAACCACCCAAAAUAGAAGAGAUCCCACAACGAAUUACCAGGAACAGGGCUCAGAUGCUGGCCAAUCAAAAUAAACAGAACACUGCACCUUCUGAGAAAGACUUUCCUCCCGUUUCUGCACCUUCCACACGUGCAAAAGGGCGAGUGACGGAGGAAGACGAUGCUCAAGCCCAACAUCCACGUAAACGCAGGUUCCAGCGUUCCAGCCAGCAGCUACAGCAGCAGAUUAACACGUCCACCCAGCAGACGAGAGAGAUGAUACAGCAAACACUGGCAGCGAUUGUAGAUGCCAUAAAACUGGACGAUAUUGAGCCCUAUCACAGUGACAGAUCAAACCCAUACUUUGAAUAUCUUCAGAUCAGGAAAAAGAUUGAAGAGAAGAGAAAAAUCCUCUGCUACAUCACUCCCCAAGCUCCGCAGUGUUACGCUGAAUAUGUCACCUACACAGGCUCCUACCUGCUGGACGGCAAGCCACUAAGCAAGCUUCACAUUCCAGUGAUUGCCCCCCCUCCGUCGCUCGCAGAACCCCUGAAGGAACUCUUCAAGCAGCAGGAGGCCGUGAGGGGGAAGCUGCGACUCCAGCACAGCAUAGAGCGGGAGAAGCUGAUUGUUUCAUGCGAACAGGAGAUCUUAAGAGUUCACUGUCGGGCAGCGAGAACCAUUGCUAACCAGGCAGUGCCCUUCAGUGCUUGCACCAUGCUGCUGGACUCCGAGGUCUAUAACAUGCCUCUAGAAAAUCAGGGAGAUGAAAACAAAUCUGUCAGAGAUCGUUUCAAUGCUCGCCAGUUUAUUUCCUGGUUACAAGAUGUGGAUGACAAAUAUGAUCGAAUGAAGACGUGCCUGCUAAUGCGACAGCAGCAUGAAGCCGCUGCCUUGAACGCGGUGCAGCGAAUGGAGUGGCAGCUGAAGGUUCAGGAGCUGGAUCCAGCUGGACAUAAAUCCCUCUGCGUGAACGAGGUUCCCUCAUUCUAUGUGCCGAUGGUUGACGUCAACGAUGACUUUGUGCUCUUGCCGGCAUGACAAUACAAAACUAGGAGACAUUCUCCCUGAAAACUGGCAAGGGCGGGAGCCCUCCGAGGACGGAUGCUCGAGCUCACAUUCAUCCUUACCACUUGCUGAUGAAUCUCUGGUCAGAGGAGGAGGAAGCAUCUAUCGGCAGAAAACAAAACAGUAAGAAAAAUAAUUGCACUUUCUUCACAACGUCUCCCUCACUUCUGGACUGAUCACAGCUACGCCAGGCAGCCGGAGUAGGGGAGCGCAUCUCCUUUCAAACUGGUUGCUGCAGCAGAGGGCAGCCAGCCUGCACACAGCAGUGAGCGUCUGAAUGGACAAGGGGGAGAGAGACUGACAGAGGCAGGAAGGAGAAAAGGUUCAAGGACACGUGUAUUGCAGAAGCUGCUGAGCAGGGCCAGCACCCAUGCAGUUCAUGUACGUGUGAACAUGGCGAUUUCAAGCUCUUUGUUUUCCAUUUGUCUGCACAUCUCCUCUUGGAGAAGCUGCAGAGGAGACGGUGGGUUUUUUAUAUUUCUCGUUCCAUCCUGGUUACGGCACAAAUUAAAAGCAAAACUAAAAGGAAGCAUCCAGCUUUCCCAGCUGCGGUUCUGGAGGUGCAAACGGCUGCAGCUCCGGACCCCGGACGCCUUCUGCGUCAUCAUAAAGUAGCUGCUCGUCACCACGUUUGGAUGAGUGAGGAGGCACCUGGCACGUUAUGCACACGUGACUAGUACGGUGAGUGUCUACCGCGAAAAUGGUGACGCAGAGCAAGGACUUUGCCGAUCAUGUUUUUAAUGGAGUAAAAUCCAUGUGGUUUAUAUAUAUUUUUUCCUUUAAUCUUGGGCAUUUUGUUUCUCUUUCUGAGAACAUAACUUGAAAACACUACAGAGCCAAUACUCAUAUAAAGAAAAUUGUAUCCCAUAAAUGCUGUACAGUUUUUAUAUACAUUAACAAUGUACUUUUGCUGCCUUCUAGAUAAUUUAUUUUGCAACACAUUACUGCACAGUUGUAAAUAACUUAUGUACUGUAACAUCACUUUCAGUUAUGUGUAAAGAAAUAAAUAAAUUAAUUAACAUUAUCUUUGUAUGUAUAGUUCACCCUAGGCAGCACUUUCCCUCUCAAGGAAAAAACUUAAGGGCCAAAAUGGUGUGCAGUGUUCAGUAUUUCAACCCCGCCUCCUGGGAUUCAGGCCUUGCAGGCUCACUCGAUCUGCAGUCCGUGCUGUGGAGCUCUCCGAGCGUUGACCUCUUCUUUUAACACAGUCUAGUUUUUUCCUUUCCCCCUGCCCUUUUGAGUUCAGUGGAGUAGUGAGACCCCCCUGCACAGAUUCAGAAGCUGUGCGUCAGAUUUAACGAGGUGAUGGGGAUGGGAGGAAGAAGGGAGAAUCCUAUCCUGACACAUGCUAGCUUGGGGCCUAGAGGAAUUCAGAAGAUGUUACUUGCACGUCUGGGCUGAGAGAGGGACAAUUUUCCCCAUUUCCUCAUCCUGAGCUGCUGUAAUCUGGGGAGCCAGUGAUUGAGCCACAUGGCGUAGGGAAGGCAAGGCAGUAGGGUGGCGCCUUUAGCCAUUUCUUCAUUGUGAGCAGCCAUUCUAGUGCGCUGUUAGUAUUGUGAGUGCUGGAGAAGGAAGCCAGUUGCUCUCUCUGUCAUGUAUGGAAAUAAACCACCACAGCUGGGGAGGUAACCGUGAGGGUGAGCUGGGGCCAAAAGAUUCUCUGGUGCCACGGCAAGCUGCAGCCAUUGGGUACCCAGCACCACUUCUUUUGUGGGAUCCUUUCUGCCUCGGUUUUCAGGGUGUGCUGGAUACGCCGCCAGGCAUCAGGCAUUAAUGAGCAGGCUGGGGCCUAGCUGUGAUUUUGAUCCAGCUCCAUUGGCCCAACACUGCAGCAGGGUCCAAACGUCUGGGGCCGCGUGGCGCUCUUGGCCCUUGUCUGAGGCUUCAGUUAGCUGUGGCCAGCAGGGGGCGCACUGUGCAGGGAGAUGCACACCCGCCUGGAGCGUUUCCUGUGGUGUGGCCAGCAGGGCUUCCGAGAGUCGGAAUGAGCUGCUGUUCUGGGUUAGUCAGCACUAAAGUGUGCUUGGUGCAGACUAGCUGAUCAGGUUGGGAAGGUGACUAAUUAGAGAUUGAAGGAACACACCCCUGCAUCCCACAGCCUGUCUGGAGGCCACCUUCACCACGGCACUGGGAGUGCAGAUUCCAGCCUGCCCUGUUCUGUGGCCUUGUUCCUGGUGUUGGGGAUGUUGCACCCUUGCAGAAGCCAGCUGUCUGGCUCUGGUCUUGAGAGCAGAAGCUCUUAGUUGAGGACCCAGAGCCCGGCAGGAGGCAUUCCUCGGUUGUGUGCUCAAAAACCUCCUUUGGUACCACUCAGCCAGCCACAGCGAGGAGGGGCUGUCCCUGGAGAGGCUGGGGGGAGAUUGCUCAGAAUUAACCUGGGGCCUGGGGGCGUUUCUAGUUGUGUAUUUAAGGAAAGAUUGUCCUCUGGCUCCAGCUCAGCUGGGGUGCGCACUGCACUGUCUGGUUUGGAGCGCUGGAUUCGGACAGUCGCAGUCAAUAGGGAGAGUAGUGAAAUUGUCACGUCAGCUGGGAUGCUGGGUAUUUCUGCUGCUAUAUUGCUGGGUGGUGGCACCAUGGCCAGUUCCAGAGAGGGUUGUAUUGGUUGAACAUGUGGCUGUAAGUGGAGUAAUAAUGGAGACUGGACCUAAUGCAGCUGGCAAUGUUUGUACCCAAGCACAGACAUACAGGACAUGGCUGGAGGCAGAUGCAAAGUGCCUCUUCCAUGCCCUCUGGUCCUCGCUCCCACCGAUGAGCCAGCUCACUCCAUACUGUCUGGGCAUGUCGGCCAGCCAGCCUUUCUCCCUUUGCAACUGCAACAACUGGACUCUUUCCAGCUGCAGUGUGGAAGUGACCAGGCAGGAUACUGCUGGAACACACUGGCUCAAAUAAUCCUGCAUGCCAUGACCAGGAAACAUGGGCACUAGCACAGUGGGGGCUGGGGUGUCCCCGGAGUGUGCUGCACCUCAUGCCCUGACGGGCUGGAGGGGGGCAUGGACAGACACCCAUGCACUUAGAGGCGGUUUUUAGAUGUUGCCAGGUGCAUGUGCUAGGCAAAGUCCACUCCAGACACCAUUUAAAUUCCUGUUCCGCUUCCCCUCCUCUCCUGGGGCCUGAGCUGCUGCGGGAGCCGGGUAGGAGCCUCCAGCUCCGCUCCCCUGUCCUCUUCCCCUCCUGUGCACUUUGGGGUGAGCAGCCUAGAUGGCAAAGAUGUGGCGUCUGAAGCCAAGGCUCGCCCGGUGCUUUGGGACCUGGGCUGCUCCCCCAGAUAACACGGUACAGGGGAAGAGACAGGGCUCGAGCAGGGGGAAGUCCGGAGUGGAAUCAGUCUCACAUUUAGCUAGUGGAGAAGCCAAAGCCCAGUGGAGGAGGAGCAGCAGUGGCAGCAGUUCUGGCACCUAGGGAGUCGGAGAAGCUGCCAAAUUGGCAUUUCCCCUUGCUCAGCACUCUGCAUUCAAAUUCUCAUUCUGUCAUCCACUGGCGUUUUAAACAGCUGCUGUUAUGGAGUGACCUGAUUACUUGAGCUGGGAACCACGCAGCCUUGCAGCCUGCCGGGUCACCACUUUCCUCCACGCUGCUUCAGAAAAGCCAGCUGAAGCACAUUCCUGUAAGGUGAUUUUCCCCACUAACUUGUUGAAUUAGCACCCUCGGCCUGGUGGGGGCUGGGAUUCCAAAUCCCAUCGCAUCACAUGCUGAGAUUGUUUUGGAGAGUUGGAAAGACUGACGGGGCCAGAUUCUUGGCUGGUGUAACCGCACUGGCUUCACAAGGCUUACCCCAGUGAGGAAUGAGGCUUGUUGCAUGCAAAGCUAAUGAGGCGAGUGAUCUGUCACAGCAGCUAAUUUCUUCUAACUACAUUGCGUUAGUGACUUAAGAAAUGAAAUCCCUAGCUCUCUUCCUAAGGCUGUAUGGUGAGACGGACAGGCUGUUCCUGGCCGUGUACAACAUUGGUGCUCGGCGCCAUCUCGCCGUGCCACUGUGGUGUGUCAACGGGAGUUUUCUCUCUGCCUGUGCUGUGCACAAACCUGUCGGGGGGUGUCCUGGGCUGAGUGACUGGUACAGUGCAGGAAGGAGGAGGCUGCUCUGUGCUGUGGAAUGUAUCGAUGGCCUACAGGGGGUCAGGAUCUGUAGCACCCCUGGAUGUAUUUGGAAUGUUUUUUAAUUUAAACAUUGAGUCCUUGGUUUCCAGUGUUUGAGCUCUUUUGCUACUUUCCUCUUCCUUUCAGGGCUAGGCUUUGCCUGAUGCAGUGGCUGGUUUUCUCCACUGGUAUUGCCAGCUAAAUUGCAGCACAUGCUUUCCAUGCAAGGGGAGGGGAAUUGAUAGGCCCGCCAAUGCUCCUGCUCCGUGGGGAGGAUACAGGAAUGCUUUUCUUUCUCUAGAACACAGGAAUAUGGCUACAAAUAACACUUUAUUAAUUUCAAGCCCAGUUUUCUUUUCUUAAAUAACCAUCAAUUAAUCUGUAUAAGCAUGGAGAGACCUUUAAUCAGCCAUUUAAAGCAACAAUAGCAAAAGCAUUGUAUUAUCUUUGACACCUGUGCUCCGUGGAGUCAAGUCUCAACUGUGUAAAUUUCCCUCCUUGUAAUGCUUCUAUGAGACUGUAUAUAAAUGUAAAUAGCUCACAGGUCAAUUCACACCCUUCUGUUUGUACUAGUCCAACUUGCGUAGUAUGUGGGGUAAAACAGCGGCAAGGUUGCGUUGUCUGUAAUGUAACAAUGUCAUUUUUUUUACAAUGUAGUUUGUGUACAUAUUGUUUGGCAGUGCUGGUGCUGCCGAUGCCACUGCUCUGCUGUGACACUGCUGUCCUUUCGCUGUACAACUUCCUGCAGACAAAGUGAAUACAAAUGUUAUUUUCUACAGUUGCAUGUACAGAGAUGAGCGCCAGAGAGAUGCUGUUGUCCCUCAAAGAUAAUGUUCGUAAAUAAAUUAA